UAUCACUCUGGCUGUACUCAGACACGUGCUGAAGAGCGGCUUCCUGUUCCAGGUACACGUGACAUUAUUCUUCCUCCUGAUUGGUGCACACUUGAGAAAGCUUAGGUCGGUACCACGGUAACGCAGUCAGUAAUGGCGGCUCCGGAAGGAGAGAUCGUGUGUCCGGGCCGCACGUCUUCUCCCACCCCGGCCGUUACAACGCCAAAAGAAAAUGGCGGCCCCGUGGUGUGCGCCCUGUGCCUGUCCGCUCCCGGGAAGUACACGUGUCCGCGGUGUAACGCUCCGUACUGCAGCCUGGCCUGUUACCGGGGAGCCCGGCACACCGCCUGCUCCGAGCUCUUCUACAAGGAGGCCGUGCUGCGGUGUCUACGGGAGGAAGACACCGGGGGCUGGGGGAGGAAGCAGAUGGAGGAGACGCUGCUGAAGCUGAGGAAGAAGGAGGAGGAUCCGCUGUGCGGCACCGAUGCGGUUUUUGAUGAGGAGGAGGAGGAGAAUCCGCUGUGUGGCACCAAUGCGGUUUUUGAUGAGGAGAGCGGCUUGUGGGGCAGUCUGUCCAGCCAGGAGAAGCAGCACUUCAGCCUCUUGUUACAAAGUGGCCACAUUGGAUCCCUCAUCCCAGUUUGGACGCCAUGGUGGGAAACACAUCAGCAGGGACACAAGAUUAUGGAGCUGCCUGAGGCUGUGCCAACCUGUGGGCACCAUGAGACCCCAAGUGAGAGAGGAGAAAACGACCUUCAGCUAGUCACAAGUCCUGAAAAGACUGGAAGGAAAGAGGAGGAAACCCUGGGAGGAGAGCGGAGUCUCCAUGACAAGUCUCCAGUAUCUGCACCGCCACCACUUCUAGGGUCUAUCCCACCCCUGUCCUCCCUUACCCGUUGUCCUUCCCCAUUGGUCCGCUUCACCUUGGUCAAUGUCAUCUACGGCUAUGCCUUCUCUCUCCUACGACACAAUGGUGACCUGAGUGAUCCGGACAUCAUGGCGGAUUUUAUAGGGACCUUGCUGUCCGUGUCUGGUGCGCUCAGCACGACUGCUGUGUACAACUCCACUGCCCACGCUUUGAAGAGCGCUGUACGAGCCGCCUCAGACCCCUUAUUGGGUGGAGAUGAAGGUGGAGCCAUUUUGGCAAUGGAGGCUACAGCUAAAAUCCUUCUGGGUGAUGGUGGUAACAAGUAUUCCCUGGCUGCAAUCUCCCACUUGUACCAUCUGCUGGGAAAGAUCCGUAAACUUGUAAAAGCAGAAAAGGACACGAGGAAAGGAGCAUUUACUGCCAGGAAAAAAUGCCUGUUCCUUGCAUCGUGGGUGAAUGAGCAUGAGGAAGGUUUAGCUGUUCUAUCCGCAGAGGUCAUGGUGGAGUAUACAGAGUAUCUUAAAGAUCUCAAUGAAGUGGCAGAGAUAUCAAAAGGACUUCAGCGGGUCUGGGCUGGAAAAAGGCCGCCGGCCAAGAAAAAACUCAUACAAGAGGUUGAGUAAAAGAUGGACACCUGCCCUGAGGACAGAGGGAUACCUCUCCAGGAUUUUCUGGGUGCUGUGCGUUAAAGCUCGCUCUGGCUUAGCAACCCGAAAAAUGACAUAGGGUCCCCUGAUCACACCCCUUUUUACAGUAUCUUGAUACGCCCGUCCGUUCCCGAGAUAUGUGGGUUUAUAUUUUCUGACAAUCUAGGUAAUGUCAGGCAUAAACUUAAAGGGGUACUCCGGUGGAAAAGUUUUUUUUAAUUAUUUAUUAACUG